CUUCACAGUGAUGUUUAUGUGAUGAGUCCAGGACAGGUCCUGUGAGAUGGUCACUCCCAGGGAGACGACUGCUCUGUCAGCUGUCCUGCAGGCCUAUACGGGACCAACUGCACCUCUUCAUGCUCCUGCCAAAACGAGAUCUCCUGCUCACACAUCGAUGGUUCCUGCAUCUGCAGAGAAGGUUGGCAGGGUGCGGACUGCUCCAUCCCCUGCUCCGCUGGUACUUGGGGGUUGAGCUGCAAUCAAACAUGUCAGUGUGCCAAUGGGGCGGCCUGCAACCCUCUCAAUGGAACCUGUGCUUGCUCCUCAGGCUGGAUGGAUGAAUACUGUGAUGUACCGUGUCCUGAGGGAUCAUACAGCUUGGACUGCAGCGAGAAAUGUGACUGUGUUAACUCUGAUGGCUGCGAUCCAGUAAUGGGCUUCUGCCACUGUCUCGCAGGUUGGACUGGUGUCCGUUGUGACAGUGUGUGCGAGGAGAGUCGCUGGGGACCCAACUGCUCCUACAGCUGCACCUGUGAGAACGGAGGCUCCUGCUCCCCAGAGGAUGGCACCUGCGUGUGUGCUCCAGGCUACCGGGGCACCAACUGCAGACGAAUGUGUCCCAGUGGAAGGUUUGGUAAAGCCUGUGCUGAGACCUGUUUGUGUACCAAUAAUGGCACUUGUAACCCCAUUGAUGGCUCCUGUCAGUGCUACCCUGGAUGGAUCGGCGAAGACUGUUCCAAGCCAUGUCCUCAGGGCUCAUGGGGCCUUGACUGCAUCCACAUGUGUAACUGUCACAAUGGAGCUCAGUGCAGCGCUACAGAUGGAGCAUGUAACUGCAACCCUGGAUGGACAGGUCUCUACUGUACUCAACGCUGCCUCGCAGGUUUCUAUGGCUCUCAGUGUGCUGAGGUGUGUCGCUGUCAGAAUGGCGCUGACUGUGACCACAUCACUGGACAGUGCUCCUGCAGGACAGGCUUCAUAGGACAGAGCUGUGAGCUCAAGUGUCCUGCAGGGACAUUUGGCUACGGCUGCCAGCAGCUGUGUGAGUGUAUGAACAAUGCCACCUGUGACUACGUGACUGGAACCUGCUACUGCAGCAUCGGCUUCAAAGGCAUUCGGUGCGACCAGGCGGCCCUGAUGAUGGAGGAACUGAACCCCUACACCAAGAUCAGCCCAGCUUUGGCAUCACAGCAGCAGUCACCAGGUGCUGUCCUGGGCAUCAUCUUCCUGCUGCUGCUGAUCAUGGCCAUGCUUGGUCUGGUGGUCUGGUUCCGCUAUCGCCAGAGAGAGAAAGGCAACCAUGUGCCUAGUGUCACCUACACACCUGCCCUGCACAUCAACUCCACUGACUACUCCCUCUCAGCAGGGCUGCAGUGCACAGGCCUGCUCUCUUCUACAGACACAUCUCCCAGUAGCAGCUCUUUAGGUGGCUGCUUCUCCAACCCCACCUACCGCACCCUGGGGCCCUGUACCUAUGCUACACACUAUGCCAAGCCAGACAAGGGGAGCACCGUCAAGAUGAAGGCAAAGAAGCGACAUAGGAACAGCGCUCCAGAGUGGGGGGCCUACUGCAAUCUCAAUAAGCUGGGUGUUUACUGCAUUGAUCGACCUUACAGCUAUCACGUGGAGCAGUGCUGCAGAGACUAUGUGAAGGGCUCCUUGUCCAGCACCUGUUCCCUCAACAGUGAAAACCCAUAUGCCACCAUCAACGACAAUGCCGGUCUGUGUAAGCACUCAGAGAGCAGCUAUGUAGAGAUGAAAUCACCGGCCCACCACGAACACGCCUCCAUCAUCAGUACGACUACGACCACCACUGUGCCUGCCAAAAAUGUCUAUGACAUGGAGCCAACCAUCAGUAUUGUCCCAGGAGGUGGUGCUAUAGUGGUUCCCAGUUACCCUCAGAACCCAUAUGACCUGCCUAGAAAUAGCCACAUCCCCAGCCACUACGACCUGCUGCCAAUGCGCCCCAGCCCCUCCCACAGCCACAGCUUCACCCUGCACAGCCACAGCCCUUCACUGCCUGGCAGCCCCACCAGCUCACUUCUCUAGGCCCACCAGCAGGACACAGUGCACCAGAAACUGAAAUAUAAAAGUGGAAAAUGUUUGUGAAUUUGAUCAGUGGAUGAAGAUGGAUAUUUAAAGAACAAAGGAAAGGUGUUGCUGGGACUAAUAUUUAUUUAUUUAUUGUGUAUGUAGCUUUUUGUUUGCUUGUUUUUUACAGUGCUAGACCACUGUUUGAUAUUUUAGUGAUUGACCUGCCAUCCAAACAGUUUGAGCUGUUUUGUGCCAGUCACCAGUACAUAUUUAUGUUGUACUAUUAAUUCCUCAACAAAAUUGCCAGUAGAGGGGUAAUACAAGUACAUAUGCACAUAAGUAUAUUCUUUUCAGCUAUUUUUGAGACAACCCUGCUCAGAAGACAAGUGUCACCAGAAACAUUGACUUUCACAUGUAAAUUUGUCUGUCUGGGACUCUUUAAAAAAUAACACACACCCACAAAAAAAUACUGUAAAUGACUGUGCCAAAGACAAGACUGAGGCUCACUUUAUAUUUGUAAAGACUACUAUACAAUCAUGGGCGGUCCAAAUGAACAUCAUAUGGGCAUUAUGGUUGGCUGUGCGAACAAGUUUGGACAAAGAAAUCCAGUGGACACCUCUGAAGAAGGCAUUCUUUCCUUAGGUAUUCUCUGAAAAUACACAACUGAGAAAAGGAUAUAAAGAAAAAGACAAACUGCUGUAUCUUCAGAUGUACACUACCUGUAUAGUUCUGGUAUUUUUACACAUUGUUUCUUAUUUCAUGUUUACGUAUUUAAAGAUACUGCUGGGGUUCAUGUUUUUUCUCAGUAAAAGUAUCUUUUUGUAUGUACUGUAGACAAAGUGGUGUAUUGGAUGUAUUUAUUGUACACUAGUGAUUAUAAUUGUGAUUUUCCUUUGUUAUGUUGAGCUCAUUACACAUGCAUGCCAAAGGUUAUUCAAGGCAUUCAAGGAAAUAGGAAUACCCUUAUCUGUCUAUCACGUUCAGAUGGCAAAUGUCUUCUGCUGAUUACUGUCAUUUGACUGUGAACAUACCACAGCUCCAAUUUGAAACAUGCUUUUUUGAAAUAUAAAUAUAUUAUAGGUUGGAGGUUAUGCUGUAAAAAUUCUAUAAAUAACUUCCCCCUUCCCUAAUUUAAUUGUAGAAUCACUAGAUUUAUGUUCCUAAACACAAUUAAAUAUUUUUCCUUUUUUGCUGUGCCAACAAUGUCUUAUGCAACAACAAUUGAUAAAUAGAGCAGUAACUUUACAGUAGCAGGACAACUGUUAAAAAUGCUGACAGACAUACAAAAACAUCAAAGUAUUCAGACUCCUCCUUUUUGCACACUUUGUAGUUUUGUAGAUUUACAUUUAAAUUGAUAUAAAAAAAAUUGACAUUUUCCAUCAGUCUGUAUAGUUACAUAUAGUGACAUUGCAAAAACAUGUUUAGA